AUGGGCGAUUGGAACCUGUUGGGCAGCAUCCUAGAGGAGGUCCACAUUCAUUCCACCAUUGUGGGCAAGAUCUGGCUCACCAUCCUCUUCAUCUUCCGCAUGCUGGUCCUGGGGGUGGCCGCCGAGGACGUGUGGGAAGAUGAGCAGGCCGAGUUCAUCUGCAACACCGACCAGCCAGGCUGCAAGGCGGUGUGCUAUGACCGUGCCUUUCCUAUUUCCCUCAUCCGCUUUUGGGUCCUGCAGAUCAUUUUCGUGUCCGCGCCCUCACUGGUCUACAUGGGCCAUGCCCUCUACCGCAUCCGCACCUUGGAGAAGGAGCGCCACCGCCGACGGGCACAGCUGAGGGAGGUGCUGGAUGAGACGGAGGCAGCGCUUGAGGAGCACAAGCGCAUGGAGAGGGAGCUGAAGAAGCUGGAGGAGCAGAGGAAGGUGAAGAAGGCCCCCCUGAGGGGUUCCUUGCUGAGGACCUACAUCAUGCAUAUCCUAACACGCUCAAUGGUGGAGAUGUGCUUCAUCCUGGGCCAGUAUAUCCUCUAUGGGGUCCGAAUAGAUCCACUCUUUAAGUGUGAGAGGCUCCCUUGUCCUAACAGCGUGGACUGUUAUGUCUCCAGGCCCACAGAGAAGACCAUCUUCAUGGUCUUCAUGAUCAUCAUUGCCGGUGUUUCACUUUUUCUCAACAUCUUGGAAAUAUCCCACCUGGGUGUUAAGAAAAUCAAACAGACAUUAUAUGGGGGAAAGUACUUAGAUGAAGACAGUUUGACUUACAAACCCAAGAAGAAGCCAACUUUACAGCACCUUUGUGUCAUGAGACACCUAUCGCCUCACAAUGGGCCUUUGACUCAAACCAUCUUCAAGGUGAUCCCAGACGCAGAAACCAAGCCUCCUCAUCUUAAAGCCAACCAGGAGGUACCAAGGGACAACAGCUUGGCUCUUCUGGGAAACUAUCAGCCCAACUGCACCAAUUCCCAGACAAGGAUCCCCCUGCAAACAUCCAGAUCUGCCUUGGGUUCUGCUUUUCCCAGGACAGAAGGAUAUCCAAGGACCCAGGUACAACAUGAGAAUCUGCAUCAGAACGAGCGCCUUCAUACCAGCUACACUGAGACUCUGGUAUCAAGUAGUACAAUGAUUCAUAGGCCCAGUUUUGCCCUGAGGGAAAUGGAGGACUAUGACAGAAGGGACUCACAGGGAACCAACCUACUGCUUUCCAACCCCAGAAGGACCAGCUUCAUGGCCAGGCCGCCAUCUGAAACCAUGUCCACCAUCAGUGGCUCCAGCAACCAAUCCAUACAUACAUCAGAGGAGUCUGAUGAGCUGGGUUCACUGCAAGGAGAUAUGCCCAUGAUGCCGCCUGCCGGAGGUCGAAGGAUGUCAAUGAGUGUGUUCCUGGAUAUCUCCUCUAUCAUGAAAAAGUGA